AUGGACAACACAGUUGGCCAAGAAGACUCGAGAGACAAUGUGGCAGCGGAGGAAGGGGUUAUUACAUCUAAAAAGAUAGUGGACGAGGAGGUGGAGAAGAAUGUAGAAGAAGGUGAAGGAAAGAAGGACUCGAUGACCGGCAGCACUGUUGUAUUGAUAGAAGAAACGGCUUCGACGCAGAAUGGUGCUGUUGAAGGUGACACUGACCAGCUCAGUGCAGAAGUUUCAAAAAAAGCAGACGACCCACCUGAAACACUCAAACCGCAACAGUCUAAUAGUAUACCCGUUUCACCUAAAUCUGGAAUAAACAUAGACCUUGUUCAAAAUAUCCCUGCGUCAGCUUCAAAUUCGUACAAACCCAAUAUCAUGAUUUUUAAACCCGAAAAUCAAAUAUCUUCAGAAUCCAAAUCUGACCCUCUUCACUCGGACACAAGCUUCGAACUAGAGCAUUUAGCAGAGAUCUCGGAAGAUGGAAUGCUGGCCUUGCGGUUUACUGAAACCGAAAGGACAGGUCCGUUGAUGAACACCGGUUCCGCAGAGCCGCUAUCGCCGAGCACGAAUACAUCCAAUACCAUAGCACCUAAACAGAUUGUUCGAAUAGAGAGAGAUUAUUCCAAGGGGGAGUUGUGUCAAUUUCAAACAGCUUUCCCCAUGGAAAUUGAUGGACGGGUAAAUCAUUCAGAAAUUCAUUUUUGGAGUUGGUGA